UUGACAGCGCGCAGAGAGGCGGGGGAUUGCGAACAGACCGACUGACUGGAGGUCUGCAGCGGACUGAGAGUCGGAGCAGCCGACAGUGAAAUAGGUGGGAAAAGUUGCUGCUAACUCCGUCCACGGAGCACCGGGAGACACCCGUGGAGUUCCCACAGUCCAGCAGUUCCCCCAGUCAGACAUGAGGAGCCCCCCAGGCCUGGGUCGCUGAGCAGCUGAGAUCAAAGUUCAAGUGCUUGUUCCGGCAGUCAUGGCUGACAGGGAGGGGCUGCCCAUCGCCCCGGGCCAGAUCUACAUUGAAGUGGAGUACGACUACGAGUACAAGGCCAAAGACAAGAUGGUGACCAUCCGCCAGGGAGAGUGCUACAUGCUGGUGAAGAAGACCAAUGAGGAUUGGUGGCAGGUGAGGAAGGAGGAGGGCACAAAGGCCUUUUACGUGCCGGCGCAGUACGUCAGGGAGGUGCGCCGGGCGCUCAUGCCCCCCCAGAAGCCAACAUUGAGGGCCAAGCCCACUGUUUUGGAUAUCUGCCGGGCAUCCAAUGAAAACCUGAACAGAGCCCAGCCGGAAAUGUCCAGCUUCGGGCGUCCGUCGCCUUCUUCCACCCCGUCGCCAUCCUCUGAUCGUGUCACACCGCCAGCUCUGUCCAAGGAUGCUAACCAGAACAUGAGCCCCCAUCACUGCAAGGUGGUAGCCGAACUGGUACUUCUUCACAACAACAACAACCAUCACCACGCCAACAAUUCCACAUUGCCAAGGACACGGGCAGACUCGCCUCCGCUUAAAGUGGGGAACAACCACAAAAAAAGUCCAGACAGUGACAAGGCGUCCCCGCCGAGCGAGCUGCCGGGAGAUCGCCUGAACAAGCUCCACAACGACUCGGAGUCUGGGGACGAGCUGAGCAGCAGCUCAACAGAACACAUGCAGACAACGUCACCUACAGGUCAGGGUCGAUCCGACUCGCCGGUCUACACCAACCUCCAGGAGCUGAAGAUCUCUCAGUCCAGCCUGCCACCCGUCCCCUCCAGCUCCCCCCUCCACAUCCUGGGCGACUGGGAGACCCACAAAGACCUGAGCGGGAGGCAUUUCUACUAUAACCGUGCCACUGGAGAGCGGACCUGGAAGCCACCGCGCACCAGGGACGCCAGCGGCAGCACCAGCAGUUUCCGAGCGGACAGCCAGGGCACACUGGAGAGUGAGCCACUGUCCUCAGAGGAAAACUGUCACAGCACCCACUCCAGUCAGUCUGACAGCCAGUACGGGUCGCCCCCUAGAGGCUGGUCUGAGGAGCUGGAUGAACAUGGACACACACUCUACGUCUCUGAAUACACACAGGAGAAGUGGAUAAAGCAUGUGGAUGAACAGGGCCGGCCCUACUACUACAGCGCUGAUGGAUCCAGAUCAGAAUGGGAACUGCCCAAGUACAACAUCUCCCCUCAGUCCGGUGAGGUUCCCAAGAGCCGCAGUCUGGAGAGGAAGCAGCAGGAUCCCAUCGUCCUCACCAAGUGGAGACACAGCACCUACGUCUUAGACCUCAACGACAAGUUCUCUUUCAAACUCUGGCGGUUCACUUCCGACUCGCACAAGAGGAGAUUUCGUCUCUCUCUUUACCGUGAUAAAGAGUGUGCUCCGGCGCCCAAGCAGAGCUCUCCAGACUCUGACUCCUGCCCCUCAUCUCCUAAGCACCCCUCGACCCCCUCAGAGAAGUGCGGAGUCCUCAAUGUCACCAAGAUCACAGAGAAUGGAAAGAAAGUCAGGAAGAACUGGAACUCCUCGUGGACCGUGCUGCAAGGUUCCUCCCUGCUCUUUGCAAAGGGUCAGGGCGGCAGCACCAGCUGGUCUUACUACCGCAGUGGCUCCAUCCCUGAGCUGCUCCUCACUCUCCUUAGCAACUGGAAGCGCUCAGUCAAGCCCCGCCCUGCUGUCUCCUAUGUGAACUGUAGGCCUGUGCAGGCUGCCGCUAAGUUUGGGAGCAACCAGUCGAAGCCGGAGUUCACCGUCGAUCUGCGAGGGGGUUCGGUGGAUUGGGCCUCUAAGGACAAGUCGAGCAAGAAACACGUCAUCGAGCUGAAGACUCGUCAAGGGACGGAGCUGCUGAUCCAGUCAGAGAUCGACAGCGUCAUCAACGACUGGUACCGGGCCCUCACGGAGACCAUCAACAACCAUGCCUGGGAGUCAGAUGAGGCCAUUGAGGAGGACAUGCCUGAGUCUCCAGGAGCUGAGAAACAGGACAAAGAGAAAGACCACCGAGACUCCAAGAAGAACAGAGCGAUGAAGACCUCUGUGAGCAUGGACUCGUCAGACCAGAAGAAAACCAGGCUGAAGCUCAAGAAGUUCCUGACACGUCGACCCACCUACCAGGCAGUCCGAGACAAGGGCUACAUCAAAGAUCAGGUGUUUGGCUGCAGCCUGACCAGCCUGUGCCAGCGGGAGAACACAUCAGUCCCCAACUUUGUCACGAUGUGUAUCGAGCAUGUGGAGAACACAGGUCUCAAUAUUGACGGCUUGUACAGAGUGAGCGGCAACCUGGCAGUGAUCCAGAAGCUGCGCUUUGCUGUAAACCAUGACGAGAAGGUGGAUCUGAAUGACAGCAAGUGGGAGGACAUCCACGUCACCACUGGAGCUCUCAAGAUGUUCUUCCGGGAGCUUCCCGAGCCUCUCUUCACAUACGGAUCCUUCGACGACUUUGUUGAAGCCAUCAAAUGCUCCGACUACAAGCAGCGAGUGAAUUCAAUCAAAGAUUUAAUAAAGAAGUUGCCAAAACCCAACCACGACACAAUGCAAGUCCUCUUCAAACACCUGCGGAGGGUGAUUGACCACGGGGAGGCCAACCGCAUGACCACCCAGAGCGUGGCCAUCGUGUUCGGACCCACGCUGCUCCGGCCCGAGACCGAGACGGGCAACAUCGCGGUCCACAUGGUCUACCAGAACCAGAUAGUGGAGCUCAUACUGCUCGAGUAUGAAAGCGUCUUCGGCAGGUAGAGGGGCCCACUCAGAGUAGGACGCCUGGCUUUACAAACACGGACUUCUUUUCCUUUUCCCCCCUUUUCUUUGACUGAACUGAACAUUGCUGUGGACCAAGCAGUUGGGAGAAACAAAAAAUCAUUGACAGGACAGUUUACAAACGCGUUGCACUUACAGAAGUUUUGGAGAAGAGUUUGGAAAAAAAAAAACAAGGUGUACAGAUUUCACCUGCUUCUUCAGUUGCCAUUCCUGCUGCGAGUAGCAGGCUGGACAAUGGACAGUGUUUCAGAGUGAUGCCGUGGUGACGUGUGGAUGUCCGUGUGAUUUGGUGGAUUUGAGUAUUCAGGUGUUUUCACAUACACUGGAUCCCUGUGGCCAGUAGCUUCAAAGCAGAGCCGGGGGCACCUUCCGCCUCCUGGUGGACCGGAGUUUGGCGGGUCGCAGCGGUGGGCGCAUGCGGCAUUCAUAGCCAAACCGGCAACCUCAUCACCUCGCCGAAGGAAUGAUCUGAAUUUGAACUGGAUAGGUUUUUCUGUGUCGUGGAGCUUCGUCUGUGAUGUAUCAGCCCCGUGUGGUUUUGGAUCAGGCGGAUAAAAAAUAAUCAGUGUUAUGUUAACAGACUGUCUUUUGGCACUUGGAUGAACUGGAGUUACAGAUCGUGUCCCCGACUUACCUUAGCGACACCAUCACCCUCCCCUCCCUCGCACCCACUCCCCCUUUUUCAGCCAAUGUUAACCAUUAACCCUGUGACAUGAGCAUCCUGUGACUUGAAUGACGGAGGACAAACCCUCCGUCUGUGUGUGUGUGAGUGAAUUAACCUAAAUGGAGCAAAUCCUGAGCAGAAGCAUCCUCGUCUUGCCACAUUGUACAAACUGUGUGUCGUGUAGUCUUACGUGCUUUGGUAAAGUUUCCGUUAAGCUGCUGGGGGUCAUCGUCUGUGCUCCUUUAUGAACUUCAGUGUUGGUUUCUUCAUGAGAUGUCGACGAGGCCCUGGCGUUACUGGAAAAGUGGAUUUCUGGGGACUGCAGUGUUACCGAUUUUUACAUGACUUGUCUCUGACUGUCGGCUUGAUGACCCCUCUCUUCACCUAAGCUAAUAUUAAAGAGUAUUACAGAGAAGGGAAACGGUACUGAGAAUAUUUUAAAGGUUGACGUAUGGGUGUUAAAAUGCAAAGAAGAGCCUUUAAAAGAACCUUUCAGAGCAUAUGUACAGUGACAGAAACUAGUUGUUCAAAUGUGUUAUAGUGACUGAGGUAUGUAUGCUUUGAUGGUGAACUAGUGAAAGAUGAUUUUGAUUUUGUAAAUUUGAAUUAAAUCAUGACAAUACACAUAUUGUGGAAAACAAACAAACACAUGAUUGACUGUUACUUUUCUUUGAAGGUGUACCUGGAGUGUUUGCGCAUGGUCAGCUGCACAUUUUGAAUGUAAUUUUCAGGCUAACUGCUGUUUGUGAAACUGCUACGUCUAAUAAAAAAGACAAACUAAAUGCU